AUGCAAAUUCGUCCCGAAAUAUCAGAAAAUAGUAGUAACUCUACCAAUUCUCCAGUCUCGCCUGGACCAACUAUUUCUUCUAACGUGUCUAAUGAUGAUUCCUCAAGAGCUAUCGGCUCUUCAUCUGAUCAAUACAAUGAUUCAUCUACUUCUUCCCAAACAACAAAUGGUCAUGAUGUUGAUAGUAGUGCUACGAAUGUGGGUUUUGGCACGUUUGAUGAUUCUAUUUACUCCAUUGAAACAAAUAAUCAAUCUUUCGUCGAAGAAAAUGCUGGUUUAAAAGGCCCUAACGACAAUAUGGACAAAAAUUUUUUUGACAAAGACAAGACAAAAUUAGAUCAAUCAAAAACAUUCUUUGAUCACGAUAACAAUUUUCCUACACUUGAUAAUUCGAAAAUCUCUGAGACAGAAGAUUUGAAUGAUUCGUUUGAACCUAAUCAACAAAAAGACCACUUAUUGUCAUCUGUCGAAGAAAAUGCAAUUCUAAAAAAUCUUGGUGCAAAUAUCAAUAAAAAUUUAUCUGAUAAAGAUGAAAAUUUGUCUUCCCUUGGCGAUUCAAAAGUCCCUGAACACAAUGAUUCAGAAAGCUCGGAUGAUUUGUCUAAUAACGAGUCUAAAAAUAAAAAUAAAACAUUAGAUGACCUCAAAAAAACUAAGGAAGAUAUUUUAAAGAUAAUCUCCAAGCGUGAAAAUUCCUACAAUAAUCCAAAUGAUAAUAUUAGAAGUGGACAAAAUCUUUUGGAUUAUAUUCCGGGAUUAUAUCUUUUGUUAGAUUUAAAAAAAGAUGAAGGAUCAAAUGGUCUUGUUAACAAAAUAAUUAUAUCAAAGGAAUCAUUGGAAAAGUUUUGUAAUGACUUGGCUCCUAGUAGCUUUAAAUCCGCAUCAGAUAUUAAAUAUACAGAACUAAAUAGAGUAUCAUUCCAUCUUGUUGGGUGUUAUGGGAACUAUGAAUUGAUUGCAAAGCUGUAUGAAUUGCUUGUAUCUUCAAAUAAAACUGGGAGCCCUUCUCUUCAUUCAGGAAUUUAUUUGUUGAUUGUGAAUGUUAAUUUAGGUCUAGUAAUUCAUUGGCCUGAACCUGGUUGUUAUGAAGAUAAUGCAACUGAUCAACUAAAAAAAAAUAUGGUUAACUUUCAUAGGUAUCUCACAAAAUUGACUGAUCACCAGAUAUGUUUAAUGAUCAAAGAAAGCCAAGAAGAAAAAGAAGACUUCCAGUUACACGAGGGCUUUAAGAUUCAACUACCAAAUUCUAUUCAACCUGACCUUGAAAUUAUUCAUCAUAAUAAGAUUUUAUUGCAACCUAUUGUUGUUGAGUCUGUAUCACAUCAAGCAUUUAUCACUCAAAAUAUUAUCAAAUCAACCCCAAAUAUGCGAAGUCAUACAAAGUUUUUUCCAAAUUAUGCUAAUAAUAAUAGAUCAUUUAAAGAUAGAUCAUUUAAAGAUAGAUCAUUUAAAGAUCUUAUUAAAGGCCAUUCCCUCAAAAUAGAAGAUUCUAUAGACAUGAAAUCACUAAAAAUAUUUAUUGAAGUUUGUCUUGAUGAGGAAAAAGAUUUAUUAAAACCAUAUGAUGAUUCAUUGAAAAAUCUUACAGGUAUAAAUGACAUUUUAAAUCAAUUAAUUAUAUCAUUGAAUAAUUUUGACCUUUUAUUACUUUUUAACAGUAAAUUUGAAGUUAUUAUUAAUGAUGAUAAUACAGUACCCAAAUUUAAUGAUUCAAAAAUCAAAGAAGUUUAUGAAAAAUAUUCAGAUAUAAAUCAAAAAAUAGAAAAAGCUAUUGUAAUAAACUCAAAAUCAUGGAAAUCUUGGAAAAAGAGAUUCCUAUCCUGUUCAUUUAUAACUACGGAGAUAUUUAAUAUGCCAAAAAAUGAUAAUUUAGAGUUGGGCAGCAAUUCAAAUUUAAAUAAUGAUCAAGAUUCAAAUGAUAUUCCUGAUUCAAAUGAAAAGUUGGAAACAAAUGACAACUCUAACAAAAAAGAUAAUUCUGAUUCAAAUGAAUGUGAAAAAUUAAUUUCAGAUUUUUUUUUAAAAAUGUUUCUUGAUGAAGAAAAAGAUUAUGUUAAAUUAACAAAAAAAUACACAGUCAUUUCACAGGAGAAAAAUCUUUUUUCAACUGUUCAAUCAUUUUUUAGUAGUAUGUUUAAGAGAUCUAGUUCUAAUGAAGAUGAUUCUCACACUAUUCAACCCAUUGUCAUUGAAUCUCAUGUUAUUGAAAGGAAUAUUAAAAAAGCAACCCAAAUGGCAAAUGAAAUUCCUGACUCUAAAUUUGUUAAACAACUUAAUGAUUUUGAGUUAUUUAAUAUGACCCAAGAAACGGGGGAAAUAGUUAUUAGCAAAUUUUUUGGAGAAUACCAAAAUUGGAGGAGUACACAAUAUUCUAGUAAUAUUAAAGAUAUUAUACCAAAAUAUGCAGAUAUUAAGGAUCAAUAUGAAGAAAAUCUAAUGAAAGAAAGUUUACAGGACACUAAAAAAAUCGAAGAGCAUGAAUUUAAAAGAAUUUGUUCAAUACUUGAAGAAAAAUUUUCAAAAGGCCCAACUUUUAAAUUAUUAAAAAUAGAAGAAACAACAUUUUAUAAGGAUUUAAAACUUACUUAUGAAAUUGAGUCAAUACAACCUGAUCAACUAAAUAUCACAUUGUAUGAAACACGUUUAGAAGAGUCUGAAAACUCAAAUAUUCAAAAAGAUGAGCAAUAUGUUCCAAAACUUCAUCUUGACAAUGAUAAAAAUUCACAUGCUUCCUUCAAAAUAGAUCCAGAAAAAUAUGAACUCAGAAAAAUAUCUCAAUUUGAAAAUGGAAAGUUCCUAAUAAUACUUCAGAAUAAAAAAUCAAAUCAAGUAGAAUGUUUUUUUGAAAAUUCUAAUCGCUUAAAAUCAGUUUUUCAAUUAUCAAAUUUAAAACCACUAAAAACAUUAAAUCCUGAUGGUGAUUGUCUUUUUGCUAUAAAUGAGCCCAAAGGUUUAAUUGGAAUUUAUGUUGCUGAGAAAGGAAUGCUAAAUGUUUAUGCAUUUGAUGAAAAUCAAGCCAGUCUUUAUAGUCGCAACCCCAAUAUUCAAAUUCUACAAUAUUAUAAUAAUUCAGCACCAGAUAUUAAACACUUUUUCUUCAUAAAAACUACUGAAGAAUUAUGUUUUGUAGAAACUAAUGGUAAAACAAAAAUUUAUAACCUUGUGACUGGUCAAUUUCGUCCUGCAACACUACAAUUUCCUCCAGACUCUAUAAACAUGUCAAGCACACCUGAUGGUUCUUGUAUUGUAGUGUUUGGAAAAGAAAAAUCAACAGCAUCUAAUAAUGAUGAAAAUGGCACAGCCUAUGUUUAUUUUUGUUCUAACAUGGGAAACACUGCUAAUAAAGUUGUUGAACUACCUCCAAAUAUGAAUCCAAUAGAAUUACUUCAAUUUUCAUCUAUAAAUAAUCGCCAAAUACAUCUUACAACAAUUGAUAUAAAAAAUAAUUUAUUUCUUUCAUUAGUUACAAAGAUUACACUUGAAAAAACCCAGUACAGAUUUCAACAGUGUAACCAAGGAAAGCUAGUUGGUCAAGUUAAAUUGCUGAGAAUUUUCACUGAUUCUAACAAUAAUUAUUAUUCAUGUUUAAAAGGAAAAAACACUAGUUUUAAACAUGCAGUGCAUAAAGGAGAAUAUAUUGUUAUUGAAAAAGAAAAAUUAAGUGUUGUUGAUGUAAUUUCAAAUACUGAAUUGAAGGUUGCAGGUGUAUAUCAGACUUUGUCACUUGAUGAUGAUACAUGGAUUGACUUUCAAAUUGAACCUAAGUUAAAACUUAAUGGUUUUAUAGAUGCAUAUAAAUUAAUGUUUGAAAAGUAUCCAAUUGAGAGUUGCAUAGAUCCUGAACAAAAUCGGCCACUUAAUUUGAAAAUUGUCCUUGAUAUAAAUGAUGAUUGUAAAGAUGGAAAUUAUGAUAGAAAGUUUGAAAAAUAUGUUGUUAGCAUGUUCAAUGAAUUAAAGAAGAAAACAAAAAAACCUGCAUCUAUUUUAAAGCAUUUUAAAACUACUGUUACAACAUUUUCAGAUCUAGACAUUGAAGAAAAUAAUUUUAUAUCAAAACAUUCAAAUAAAUAUCAGUUAGGAGAUUUUGUAAUUCAACUUUCAUGUUUAAUACCAAUUCAGAUUGCAGUUGCUAAAAAUAAUCAAUUUCAACCACUUCGGGAUGGUUUAUCUUCAAAUGAGCAUGAUAUAGAUUUUGAUGUUGAACAUGGAUGUCGCUUUGAUGGUAUUGCAGAAAAUAUUUCACUUGGGUGGUAUGAAGGUAUAUUUAAACAUUUUGGUAAUAGACAAGUUAAAAUUGUUUCAAGUAUGGGUGAGCAAUCAUGUGGAAAAUCAUAUAUGUUGAAUCACCUUGUUGGAACAACAUUUGAUGGUUCUGCAAUGAGAUGCACUGAAGGAGUGUGGAUGUCAUUAGUUAUAACAAAAGAAAUUAUUUAUGUUGCACUUGAUUUUGAAGGAUUAAAGUCUUUGGAAAGAACACCACAAGAAGACUUAUUUUUAACUUUGUUUAACACAAUGGUUUCAAAUUUGAUACUUUUUAAAAACCAAUUUGCUGUUAGUAGAGACAUGUCAGAAAUGUUUCAAAGAUUUCAAGAUGGUGCAACUUGUUUUAAAUCUGACUCAAAUAUUUUUCAGGCAAAACUUUGCAUCAUAAUUAAAGAUGUUCAUGAAAAUGAUCGAAAAGGAAUUGUUAAUGAGUUUCAUCUCAAGUUUGAAGAUUUGGUUAAAAAACAAGGAGAAGAUAAUUUUAUUACUAGAAUGUAUAAAAGUGGAUUAACUAUUUUUCCAUGGCCAUUAUUUAAUGAUCCUGCUUGGUUUAAAACUUUGAAAACUGUUAAAAAAAAAUUAGAUAAUCAGAAAGCAAAAUAUGAAAAUGCACGAACAUUUUUACAAAACACUAAAGUCAUUAUGGCUAAAUUAAAAAUUUGUGAUUGGGGAUCUUUGGAUGAAAACCUUGUUCAAAUGCGUUUAUCAUUUUUAAAAAGAAUACUUCCAAUAGCUAUAUCUUAUGGCUUAGAGCAAAAAGAGCAAGAAGCUAAGCCCUUAAUAAAUCAUGAUACAGGAGAGAAAAUAGAUGAUCAACCUCAAUUAAAUCAUGACACUGGGGAGAAAACAGAUGGCCAGACUCAUUUAUCUAAAUUUGCAGAAACCUUCAAUACACAAAAUGAACUAUUUCCAGAUUCAGAUGUUUUACUCUUUGAAGAAAAUGCUGAUUUUAUUGAUUUUUCAUAUGAUCUAAGAAAUCAAUUUGAAGAUAAAAUUCAAGAAAGGAAAAGGUCUGAAAAAGAUUCAGAAUGGUUUAAUAAAUUAGAAAUGUUUUUCAAUUUUAUUAUUGAACGAAGAGUAUAUCGUGUUGAGCAAUGGUUUUUACAAAAUAUUAACAAAUUUCCACAAGACAAUAGUGAAGUUGUUAUUGGAAAGUAUGCUCUUGAAAAAGAAAUCAACAAUCUUAGGCUUUUUUGGACAUUAUGUGGGCUUUCUUGUCAGGAUUGUGGAUUACGCUGUCUUAAAAAUCAUGAUCAUACUGACAAACAUGACUGCAAAACUAAUCAUGAAUGCCAUUUCUCAUGUCAAUUUGUAGAGGCACAUAGUUCUUAUACUCCAACUUGUAGUUAUAAAGCAGGACAUGAUGGAAAACAUGCAUGUAAUAAAGCUAAUCAUUUAUGUGGAAAACCUUGCAACCUUAGUGAUAAACGUAAUUGUCAAAAAGUAUGUUCAAAAGAUAUUGGACACAAAGAUGAUGAACACAUGUGUCAGUCAGAUCGUCAUUAUUGUGGAGAGUCAUGUUCACUCUUUACAUCAACUAACAAAGGUGAUUAUGAAUGUCCAAACAAAUGCAUUAUGCCAUGUGAGCUUGAGCAUGAUCAACAUCGUUGUGAAAAUGAGACAUGUCCAAUUGAAUGCCCAAUUUCAGAUUGUCGGAAUAGAUGCCAGAGUAAUAAUCAUUUUCAUGCUUACAGUGAAUUUACAGUUAAUCAUUUUUGUGGUAAUGAUCACCAAUGUCUUGAGGAAUGUGAAGAGCCAGGUAUUUGUAAAAUUUUAACUGAACCUAAAAAAGAAGAAGCAACUUAUAAAGGGUUGAUCAAAGAAACUUCAAUUAGCUUUUUUAAAUAUAUUCAACAAAGUGAAAGGAUGAGAUGUAAUAAAAGAAUACCACCAAACUCCUUCAAGCAUGUUGGGCCACAUUCACAUGAUGAAAAUGGAGUUCAUUUUUGUGAUAAAAAAUGCCAAUUUUGUGAAUAUUAUUGCAACUUACCUCAUGGACAUAUACAAACUUUACAUGAUACUCGACAUGGAAAUAUGGUACAGACUGAAUUUACUGCAGAAGAUGAUAAUGUAUUUGAGUAUAAGGGAUAUAAAUUACAAAUUGGAGAUCAAGGUUCUUUUGUUCUUUGUAAUUUUCAUUGUAAAGAAUUAGGUCGUCAUAGACAUAUUGACUAUUGUCAAAAUGUGGAGGCAUGUAAAAAUGGACAACAAGGACAUGAAGUAAUACAUUUAGAUGCACCUGUCAAACCCAAUCCUGAUCGAAAAAAGGAUUUUGUAACUCAUAAAUUAUUUUGGGAAAGAACUGGCUUUAAAGAUCCAUAUUCAACACAAGAACAAGUAGAAUUUGCAAAAUGUGAUCAUGAAUGUCCAGAUGAAGCUCACAAUAAGCAACAAAGUUCUAAUAGUGCAACUCCCACAAAAUCUUAUUGUGAAUUGGAAAUUUUCCAUAAACCUUUAAAUCCAUCAUCUAGUACAUCAACUGGUAUUGGUUACAUUUCACUGGAUGGUCAUCAGUUCAGCUGUGAUAAUCCAAAUAAAAGAGAAGCAGCAUUUCAUAUUAUAUUUGUACUUGAUCGAUCAUCUUCAAUGUGUGAUAGGGAUAGCAGACCCUUAGAAAAUAUUCGUUCAGACAUCCGUCAAAAAAUUGCACGAAGACAUGAUAAUAGGCUAGGCGCAGUAUACUCAGCAGUUUAUUCAUUUAUGGAAACACGCCUUAUAUCUCAAAGGAAUCUAACUCAGGGUGCCAUUAAUAAAGACAAUAUUUCUUUAAUCUUGUUCAACGGUGCUACUAUUGUACCAAUUGAAAAUCAACCAUUAAGUGAUCUAGACAAAUUUUUAGAUAUUAUGGUUCAGCAUAGUGCAAGUGGUGGAACUAACUUUGACUUGGCAAUACAGAAAGCAGGGUUCCUGAUUGAUAAAUAUUAUGAUCCAACAAAGACAAAUAUUAUUAUAUUUUUGUCAGAUGGUGAAUGUGGAUCACCAGAUGCUCGAUUAGAAAAUAUUUGUAGAGUCAAUCAACAAAGAGGGUCACCGUUAUAUCUUUAUACAGUUUCAUUUAGCAGUGAUUCUUCUAGUCCAUCAUUAGUAAACAUGGCUAAUAUUGCACAAAGUCAUCUUCCAACUAAUUCUUCAUCCCAAUCUUUAAAGUGUCAAUUCACUAAAGCUAUUGAUGAAAUAGCUUUAGCUAAUCAUUUUACUGUUGUUGCAGAAAGUUUAAGAACACAUAAACCUUCUUUAAUGAAAAAAUUGUAA